CCGUCUCAGACUCAGCUGCGCUCCGUGUUCUCAGCACCAGCCGCCUGCCCGCCGUGCUGUUCACCCGGCUCGUUAUGUCUACAUCGGCGAGCUGCCCGAUCCCCGAGGGCAGGGUCCGGCUGCUCGACUGCUACAGCACCACGCCGGGGGGCACGCUAUACGCCACAACCCCGGGAGGCACCAGGAUCAUCUACGACCGAAAGUUCCUGCUGGAGUGCAAGAACUCACCCAUUGCCCGGACACCCCCCUGCUGCCUCCCUCAGAUUCCCGGGGUCACAACUCCUCCAACAGCCCCACCCUCCAAGCUGGAGGAGCUGAAGGAGCAGAAGGAGACAGAGGAAGAGAUACCCGAUGACGCACAAUUUGAAAUGGACAUCUAAUCCAGUGCAGAUGACCGUGUGUGUGGAGUUAGAGGAAUCCCUCAUGCCGCUGCUGCCACCACCUCUUACUGGGGUAUCCAAAGGCCAGCUGGCCUCAUCUAAUCUGGAAGGGAAUGACUUGUUGGUUCUGGGCCUCCCUUAGUUCUGAGGCAGCUAGACCAGGGAUAGGAGUGGGCAACUUGCCAAGCCCAUAACUCGACUUUCUCUUUGGUCUGUAGGCACUUCUCCCAACCCCCAGCCCUCCAUGCUCAGGGGCUGAGGCUGGGACUGCGGGAUGGAGUAUGUCACUUUCUGACUGCUUAGUAAACAUUCAGAGAAAUG